CCCUGCCCGGGCAGGACAGAGCCGCGUCUCCCGUUAGCUUCGGCGGAGGAUGAGAAGAAGAAGUCAAACUAUUUCAUAAAGGCGCAAAAAUAACUCGAUUUUGUAUAUAUUUCGUAUACUUUACUCGGUCUCGAGGACCCGGUCCCGUCGGCCUGUCCGGUGCGUUUAACGUUUCGCGCAGUCGUGAAAGUUCCCAGGCGUCACACUAGCUAGCGGUAACGUGCAGGAUAGUGUGGAAGCUUAUUGAGUUCGAGCAGCUAUAAUCAGACCUUCAAACAGUCCCACGCCGACGGCUCCGUGGAUGUCGUGUGUGUGUGUGUGUGUGUGUGCGUGGACGCUCGAGCUGGAGGAUUGCAGCGCUGGGAUGAUUUGAAUGGAGUAAGACACUGCUGACAAGGGAGAUCUGCAAGAAAGCCGAUCCACAUAUCCGGUGUAGGACGACUGAAGCGGCAACGUGGAAGCUUCUCCCCCCGCCUUCAAACCCUGAACUGAAGCGAGCUUUGAGAAUGGAUGGAAUAGGCACCUUGCAGAGUUCGGCCCCGGAGACCAAGGCCGAGCGAAUUGCGAGAUACAAGGCGGAAAGGAGGAGGGAGCUGGCGGAGCGCUACGGCAACACGGACGAAAUCACCUCCAAAUACGUCCGUAGGGACAGGAAAAUCGGAGAUGCGUCCGAAACGGUGUCGUCAGAAACCAAGGAGAAGGAAAAAUGCGAGGAUAAUGAAUCGGAGCAACCGUACACCAGGAGAGGCUCCAGGAACAAAGUAGCAGAAGCUGUGGAGGAGCCCGCUCAAUUCAAAACAGACACCGGGUCAUCGUCCUCUCAUUUGAGUCUGCUGAAAACUGAUGAUCCAGAGGAGCCAACGGUUGAGAAGUAUGUGGACUCUGCCAAGAGGACUUCCAAGGUGUCUCUUUUAAAGGACCAGGAGGAGACGGAGGAUGGGAGCAGCGGCCGGCCUGCCGACGACUGGGUGAAGAUGAUGAGUACUGACGAAGAGGAACCCUCCGCCAGCCUCCCCAGAGCGGAGAGCAAGUUCCUGGAUGAGACGGAGGCCCCAGAUGAACCUCCGUGGAAGGAGCGGCAUGAGAAUGCUUCCACUGCCGAAGAGAAACCUUCCAGUCUCCUCUCCGACAGAGCUCCCCCCUUCAGCAGGACCAGAGACGCCUCCCCCCCUCCCUCUCCUCCCUGCCAGCUCGCCUCGCUGCAGCGCCAGGACUCCUCCGGGUCUCGGGGCAUCAAGGGAAUCCUAAAGAAAAGCCGCUCCACCAGCAUGGAGUCGGACCACAGCGAGGAGUCGGCGGCGGAUUGCGCGCCGGCCCGACAAACCGGCGUCACCCUCAACCACCCCGAGAGCGAGGAGGAGAUGGAGAUGGAGGAGGAGAUGGAGGAGGAGGAGGAGAGGGAGAUGGAGGAUGAUGUCAAUGGGGAACAUUACAGAGCGGAUGAGUCACUAACUGACGGAGGCAGCUUCAGCAUCGACAGGCAGCCGAGCGAGGGGAGCAGCGGCGGGGGGAGCUUGGAGGAGACGAGGAGCCCCUCGCCUGGCGAGAGCCUGGAGAAGACGUCCUCCGUGUCCGAGGACGUGGAGGAACUGGAGAGCAGUUUGGAUGGAAGCCAGGGCUCCUCCCUCAAACAGAGACUGGCAGAGUUCACGAGCGAAACGCCGAAGAAGCCCAAAACAUCCGAGUUGAGCCGCACGCCGCUGUCCGACCGCUUCGGGAAGCUCCAAGAUGCUGAAAACGCCUGGAUGAAGAAGAAGUCCAGCGUCGAUCUGGGGCCCAAGAUGUCCCUGGCCGACAGGAUGAAGGUCCUUAAAGACAAGGAGGAGCAAUGGAAGAGCAAAGGCCGGGGGGCCGCCAACGACUCGGUCCAGUUCACUGUGGCCGGACGCAUGGCCAAGAAAGGUCUCGUCACAGACGUCGUAAAGGAAGAGUCUGCUCCCACCUCCCUCAGGAAGUCCAACACCACGCCUGUGAAGCCACUUGAAGAAAUCUCCAGCAGAACUGACGUCAAGGUGGAAGGAGAUAAAAGGCUCGACAAGCUUGAGUCUUUCCUCGACAAGCUCCACAACAAAGGCGUGGGCAAAGGCAAGACUUCCACCGUGGAGGUGACGGCCGAGACGGAGAAAGAAGUGAUGACCCUGGACGACGACGAGACGUUCGGCAACUUCUACAAAUCCGUGUCCCCGUCGAUCCUCCAGGACUCCGGCGUGGUUUUGACCGAGGAGGAUCUCAGCCAGAUUCAGGCCGACUCACCAAAACUGACCUCGGCCGUCACGGAGCACAAGCGAGCGAUGCGACCCAACCGGAGGAACCAGGGCUCCAGGAACCCUCUGCGGGCUCUGGCCGCCCGCAACGACCUCCGCCAGGUCUACACCGAGCAGAGGCUGAACGUGGCCUCCUUGGAGACCAAGAGGAUCCAAGUGGAGAGGAUGGCGAAACACUCCAAAUCCAACCUGGCCGACGAGGCCUUGGCGGGCCUCGCCAGCAAGGAGAAUUUCCGCAAGGUCAGCCUGCGCAGCGUGAAAUCCACCGACGUCGUGACCAACAACAGCACGCUGCCCUUCAACAAGCUCAUGCUCAUCCGCAUCAAAGGGCGGAGGCACGUCCAGGUGCGCCUGGUGGAGCCGACGGCGCACUCGUUAAACAGCGGCGACUGCUUCCUCCUCAUCACGCCGAAGCAGUGCUACAUGUGGAGCGGAGAGUUUGCCAACGUGAUCGAGAAAGCUAAGGCGUCAGAGAUGGUGGCGUUCGUCCAGGCCAAGAGGGACCUCGGCUGUAAGGCGUCCCAGGUGACGGUGCUGGAGGAGGGCAUCAACACCGACAGCAGAUGGGCCAAAGACUUCUGGAGCCUGCUGGGCGGACAAACCCAAUACAGAGGGGCCGGGGAGCCGGACGAGGACGAGCUGUACGAGAGCGGGGUGUUGGACUCUACCGGGGUGUACAGGCUGCAGGGAGAGAAACUGGUGCCUCAUGAAGAGGCCUGGGCCUCCAUUCCAAGUGUCUCCUUGCUCGACUCCAAAGAGGUCUUAGUGUUUGAUUUUGGCAGCGAAGUGUACGUAUGGCACGGGAAAGACGUGUCCCUGGGCGACAGGAAAGUGGCCGUGAAACUGGGCAAGCAGCUUUACAGCGGCAGCUUCGACUACAGCGGCUGCCGGGUCAACCCUCUGGAUGCCUCCUUCGCCGAUUCGGAUGUGCCUCAGCAAGGGGAGGGUCGUCCGAGCUGGACUCUGUUCGGCCGCUUGUCGGAGCACAAUGAGACGGCCCUGUUCAGAGAGAAGUUCCUGGACUGGGCCCAGAGGAAGAAGGAGGAGGAAGCUGAUGAAAUCAAGAGCCCGAUCCACUGCAUCGAGCGCCCCUCGCUGGACUUGGAGCUGCAGCCGUGCGACGCCAAGGCCCUGCUGGACAACGAGCCGGAGCCGGUGAAGACGGUCCUGGAGGGGGUGAACGUCCAGCGCGGCCACGGCCUGGUGAGGGCGGACGACGGGCGGCAGGCGGAGUUGGCCACGGUCGCCGUGGACGCCUGGCACAUCAAGGAGCACGGGGAGGAGGAGCUGCCUCCGGAGAGCCUGGGCCAACUGCACCAGGGCGACGCCUACAUCAUCCGCUGGAAGUACUCCGUCACCACGCUCGUGGGGAAGCGGCAGAAACCCGGGGAGCUGAGUGCCGGAGCUCCAGGCAGAGAGAGGACCGCUUGCUUUUUCUGGCAAGGCAGCGACUCCAGCGUCAGCGAGAAAGGAACCUCCGCCCUGAUGACCGUGGAGCUGGGCAGCCACAGGGGGGCACAAGUGUUGGUCAGCGAGGGCAACGAGUCGCCGUGCUUCCUGCAGCUCUUCCAGGGAGGUUUGAUCAUCCACAAGGGCAGCAGAGACGAUAAUGACCACAACACAGUCGGCUGGCGGUUGUUCUGUGUCCGGGGGGAGGCGGAGGCGGAGGCCUCGCUGGUGGAGGUCGAUUGCCAGCGUGCCAGUCUGCGCUCUCGUGCCAGCCUGGUCCUUCUUCACGCUCAGAAAGGCCUUUUCUUCCUGUGGCACGGCUGUAAAGCCCACGCCGGCGCCAGGCAGGUGGCCAGAAGAGCGGCGGACAAACUCACCCAGAGGUGUCCCUCGGAGUUGGGUCUGAGUGGCAGCGGCAGCGUGGACUUUGAGGAGGUGGAGGAAGGAUCUGAACCCGCGGAGUUCAAGAAGGCUCUGGGCCCGCAGGACAAGAAGGCCUACGACGUCAUGCUGCAGGAUCCAGGGAAGUACAACUUCACACCGCGCCUCUUCUGGCUGGGAGCCAGCUCCGGGGUGUUCGAAGGGGAGGAGCGGCUGUGUCCCGCCAGGGCGGCCGAGGGAGUCAUGGCGAUGCCCUUCCUGCAGGAGAACCUCUACUCCGCACCACAGCCAGCCCUGUUCCUGCUGGACAACCGCAUGGAGGUGUACCUGUGGCAGGGCUGGCAGCCGGACGACACGCAGUGCACCGGCUCUGCCAAGAUGCGCUGGAACAGCGAGAGGAAGUGUGCCAUGGAGACCGUGCUGCAGUACUGCAAAGAGAAGAACCCUCGGCGCCCCCCUCUGGCAUAUCUGAUCCUGGCAGGCUGUGAACCUCUCACCUUCACCAACAUCUUCCCAUACUGGGAGAAGGACACCAGCAUCACGAAGACGCAGAGCUCCAGGAACAAGGUGGUGUUGGUGAAGGAGGCGCUGUCGCAGCUCAGCCAGCUGCAGUACUCCAUCGACGAGCUCACCGGGAAGCCGCUGCCGGAGGGAGUGGACCCCCUCCGGCUGGAGGAUUACCUGUCGGACCCGGACUUCAAGAUACUUCUGGAGAUGAGUCGAGUUGAGUUCAACGCUCUCCCAAACUGGAAACAGAAGAAUCUGAAGAAGAGCAAGGGCCUGUUUUAAAACAUCUUUUUGUACACAACUCUGGUUUUUUUAUGUUUUCAGCAGCUUUUUUUAAACAUUUGAGAGAAGACUGUGUCCUCAUUUUGUAAUGUAUAAGAACAGCAAGUAUACAAUUUAGUUGAGCUAUUGAUCUAUUUUGAAAAACUCCCAUUUUUGUAUGUUUCCCCUUGUCACUGAAAUAUUUUAGCCAAUCAUUAUGUGCAAUUGUUAAUCUUUUUGAUGGCAAGAUGUUUUCCUUGUAUUGUAAGAACAGUUACCCUCACAUUAUAAAUAUGUAAUAUACUAUAAAUGAAUGUUUUUUAAUGUGUCAAUUUUCAUGAGAUUGUGUUUGUAUGAGAAUUGCCUGUGGUGUUAAAAAUAAGGGAGUUAUUCAUGGAUUUUUUUAUAUUGCAUGGGGAAUAAAACAGCUGUGUGUAAUGGGAUAAAGUCCUUCAGCGAAAAAUAUUGACGAAAUAAAAAAGCCAAACAAGUCAAAGUUCACAGAGCAAUCCCGAUAACGAGUGGACGUUUGACAGAAACGUGUUGGUAUACUCACUUCUAUAGUCGGAACAGAAAAUAUAUUAAGUUUUGAUUGUAAUUGUAGAUGCAUCUGUAUGUGGAAUAUGUACCUUAAAAUCCGAAAGAAAACUGAAACUGGGACUUUGCAACUGGCCAUAACUUUUUUGUCCGGUACUGAAUACUUCCUGUGUACCAGUCUCUGAUCAUCUGGUUGAUAGGGACCAAAUCGUUUUGUCUUGUCCUACAUGUUGUUGUGUAUCCGUGUGUGCAAGAGUGUGCGAAUGUGCAACUUUAAAAAGUAUUAAGUGUGUGUGUGUGUGUGUGUAAGAGUAUAAACUGCCUUUUAUAGCUGGAGCUGACACCACAAGUGCGUACUGCAGAAGUGAUGUAAUGGUGUGUUACACAUCAACGAUACUGUUAGGAUGGCUGCCUGUGAUGUCCGGAUGAGUAAAUUCUCUGCAUGAUGUUCACACAAACAUGUUGCCCACUCACGGUGUUUGAUUUGGCUGCAACAGGCAGCAUCUUUUCUUUGUGAUGCAUAAAGUCGGCAUUACAGACGACGUCCAGGCCAGCUUGUAUUUCAUGGCACAUUACAGUAAACAUUGGUGGAAGGGAAAUGAGAUAUUAAAGCUCCAGAUUCCCUUUUAAAUAAAGUAUUUAAAAACA